UUCUCUUCAGUUCCCACCUCUACGGUUGCUUUCUCUUUAGAAUUCAUAUUGAUAAUAAUUUCUUCAAAUUUCAAGUUAUAUUACUUAGUUUUUAUUCUUUUUUUCUAAUAUUGUAUGAUUUGUUGGCAAUUUGGAGGACUUCUUUGGUGUAUGAUUUUUUCCUUUACAUAUCAAAAGGUAUGGUUUUCAGGAGUUAAAAUUUGUUUAAUUUUUUAUUCCAUAACUCAUAAUGAUUUAAUAAUAUUUAGGUAAUUUUAAAAUAAAAUUAUAUUCACUGAAUCUCAGUCGAAUUCUCUUCUCACGUGGCUGAGAUGCUCAGAUUUUUAACCUAUAUUUUGACGCUUUUUCUUCUUACAGGCGAAAUUAAGGUUUCGUAUCUCCUUUCCUUAUUCACGUAAUAAUAACGUAUGCUUUAUUGCAAUUCAUGCUUCACUAUUAGCUUUGAAUUUUGAGUCAGAUCAGAGAUUGUAACUUUUGGUGUAUUUGUUUUAGGUUCAAUUUUGAUUCAGACCAAAGUGUUUAGUGUUUGUUUGUGAGAGAAGAACUCAGCAACAGUCAUCAAAAAUUAUACUUUUUCUUUUGUGUUUUUGAGGUUGAAUUUGAUUCAGAUUAAUAAGACAUUUUGAGGGAAUUGGGGAAAUUUGUUGUUUGUUUAUGUGGAAGAACUCAGCAGCAGUCAUCAAAGAUUGUAUUUUUGCGUGUUUUUUAGGUUGAAUUUUGAUUUAAAUUAAUAAGUAUUUUGGUAGGUUUUAAGGGAAUAAAUUUGUUGUUUGUUUGUGUGGAUGAACUCAACAAGAGCAAUCAAAGAUUGUAUUUUGGUGUUUUUUGAGGUUGAAUUUUGAUUCAGAUCAAAGAGUACUUUUGUGAAUUUUGGGGGAAUUGGAAAGUUGUUGGUUGUGUUUUUGUGGGGAAGAAUUCAUCAACAGUCAUGUUCUAUGGUGCGGUGGUGUGGGAUCCGUGGCUAAUUGUUGCCCAAAUUGUGUGUCUUCAAUCCCUAUACUAUUUGACACUAGGGAUAUUCUUGGCAAUUCUUGUUGGGACUCGUGUUUCUCGAAUGAGUCUUGUCUAUUUCUUUGAUUACGCCGCUGUAACUGCUUCAACUGUAACUGGAUGGUGCGUCAUUGCUUCCUUUCUUCUCAGUUCACUUGCAGGAGUUGGCAUUUUAUUUUAUUUGAUUGAGAGGGCAAAGAAGUGCCUAGAUUUUUCUGCAACACUGUACAUCGUCCAUCUUUUUAUAUGCAUUGUCUAUGGCGGUUGGCCUUCCUCAAUAACAUGGUGGAUUGUGAAUGUUACUGGGCUUGCGGUGAUGGCAUUGUUAGGUGAAUAUUUGUGCAUAAACCGUGAAUUACGAGAAAUUCCCAUUACAAGAUACCGAUCAAAGCUCAUGAUUUCAAGUUGAACUAGCCUCCUCCUUCAGAUCCUGGUACAAUUUGAUUUCAAGCACCAUUGUUGAUCAACUCCUAUGACUAUCCAGAUGGUUCAUGACCGGGUGAUUCUAUCUUCAGGCUUAAUUUUGUCAUUUCACGACUGAUCUGAUCUGAUCCCCCCGGACCCCAACCCACCCAAAGAAAAACCUUUUGCUUUCCAAACUUUUCAUCUCAAUUGAGGGCUGUCCAGACCUGUAAAAGGAAUAUCAGUCCUUAAAGAAGGAAUAUCUCACUAUUUUAUUAGUGUUUCCUAUGGUGAGUGUCUUCGCCUAUGAUGUUAUAGCAGUGAGUCUCCAGAACAGUAAGAACAUGGACUACUCUCUGUUGUUCUGCUGCUUCUGAUUUGCUCUUGUUAUCUCUUAGGCUUGUGCAUUCUCCGCCACUUGAAAUCCUCUUCCUUAUACUUUGGCACCUCUUCUUUACUUCUCCGUUUCCCCUUAUUCCUUUUAUUUUCUUUGAAGAUUGUUAGUACUUUAGUUGGAUGCUUCAGUUGUAGGGGUUGUAUUACUGUGCCCGUGAUUAUGAACAGAUCAAAUCCUUUUAGAAUCUUGAUGGCUGUGUAGUUCUGCCAGUAUAACUAAUUUGAAAUUCGUCAU